AGAAUUGUGUGGUAUUUAAAUUGCAUGGGUCAAUCUGAACCGUCCCUUAAAAAGGUACCAUAAAAAAUCCAACGGUUAGUAGUAGCUAGUUAGCUUAGAUUCCUCCUUGACCACCUUCAGGUCUUUCCCCAAGUAAGCAAAAUUACUGACCGGGCCCACAAUCCCACGGACUACCGUCUCGCAAAAAGGAGGGGGCAUAAUCGUCAUUUACUCAGCUGCUGACGACGGUGUUUUUAGUUAACGGCGCUACUAAAGCCUCGUCCAUCGAGCCGCAUUGUACCGCGUUUCGUUCUUAUUCUCCUCUCUGUGCUCCCCCGUCCGCCAUUAGCGCCGCUCGACUCCGUAUCCAUAGAUUCAUCGAAGAAACUGUAAAAAGUUUCCCGAUUUCAGGUUUUUAUGCUGUUCUGCAUAUCUCGCUCUCCACAACGGUGUGCAUUUCGUCGACGACAAUGGUUUCCUUAACCGAUUCACAGAUCCCUUCGUCUCCGAGCCCUUGCUCUUUAUCUGUCAAAAUCCAGAGGUCCCAUGGGCGUUCUAUGCGGACUAUUCGAUCUAAUCUGUUUCAGAGCGGACGGGAUUGCUCGCCGGAGCGAGGGCCGACAGCAGCGCGGUCUGCUGCGGUGUCUGAGGUUUUGACGGAUUCCGUUGUUGAUUUCCGGCUAAUAGAGCUCACUGCUGGUUACAUGAAGUCGGAGGCUAAAUCAGAUAAGAGGGAAGAUGCAACUGAGCUUCUCGAGCUGUCGAGGGAUUUCUCCGAUUUCUCUAGCUUCAACUCCGAUAUCUCCGGCGAGCUCCAGCGGCUGGCUUCUGUUUGUGAUAGCAAAUCCCCACAGAGUGUGAUGGAGGGGACGGAUAGUAUGGAGCAUGAGGCCGCCGACGCUGAUGAUGUUGCCUCAACUGAGAUCCUCGACUUCACUUCUCCGGAGGAGGUGGAACCAGUAGUCAAAUCAUGUGCGGAGACACUGAUGGACUCCUCUAGUCCGAUUGAAUCGAAGCGCACAGCAGCUGCGAAGAUCCGUCUUCUCGCUAAACACCGAUCCGAUUUCCGCGAGCUCAUCGGUCUUUCCGGCGCUAUCCAGUCCUUGAUCCCCUUGCUUCGAAGCACGGAUCCUGCUGCGCAAGAAAAUGCCGUCACAGCCCUCCUCAACCUCUCCCUUCAAGAAUCAAACAAAAACCCCAUCACUGACGCCGGUGCGAUCAAACCUCUAGUGUACGCGCUGCGUACCGGUACGUCAACUGCAAAGCAGAACGCGGCAUGCGCGCUGCUUAACCUGUCGAUGAUCGAGGACAACCGCAUCACAAUCGGGGUAUGCGGUGCUAUCCCUCCACUGGUUUCGCUUAUGGUGAAUGGUUCGAGCAGGGGGAAGAAGGACGCGUUGACGACGAUGUACAAGCUGUGCUCCGCGCGGCAGAACAAGGAGCGGGCGGUGAGCGCAGGUGCUGUAGCUCCGCUUGUCGGUUUAGUUUCGGAACGAAGUGGGGGUGUCGCUGAGAAGGCGAUGGUGGUGCUGAAUAGCUUAGCAGCGAUAGGAGAGGGAAGGGAGGCGAUUGUGCAGGAAGGAGGGAUUCCGGCGCUUGUGGAGGCGAUUGAGGAUGGUCCGGCGAAGGGGAAGGAGUUUGCUGUGCUCACUCUGCUUCAGCUCUGCGCUGAUUCUGCGCGCAACCGCGGAUUGCUUGUGCGGGAAGGCGCGAUUCCGCCGCUUGUCGCGCUUUCGCAGUCCGGUUCCGCUCGUGCCAAACACAAGGCGGAGACGCUAUUGGGAUAUCUGCGGGAGGCGCGGGAGGAGGGCGGUGGAUUGGGCGCGAACGCUCGCCGUAUGCGUAGGAUGUGACACGUGGCUUGUUCCCGAUUGUGCUAUAGUUUGGUUUAUUUUGUUCCGCGG